AUGGCCUCCCACUCACAUCCAAACUCUGGUUCCGCCAAUCUCGUCGGCGUCCACUAUCGCGUAGGCAAGAAAAUCGGCGAGGGCUCCUUCGGUGUCAUCUUUGAAGGAACGAACCUGCUCAACUCCCAGACUGUCGCUAUCAAAUUUGAACCACGCAAGGCAGAGGCGCCUCAGCUCAGAGACGAAUGUCGCUCGUACCGUAUAUUGGCUGGAUGUCGUCAGUACCCUCUUCUUCCCCCGCUUCAACCCCCCGCUCACGUACUCCUGUCUUUUUUUUUCUUGAACCACAUGCACCUCGCUACGAAACACAUGCGAUACCCCCCGCCUCGUUCACUACUUAUCAUUACUGUUAACCUCACCAUCAUCAUCAAACUACAUCAUGGCGACCCCACCCCACCACCGCCGACCGACAUAUACCAUUUCGGACAGGAAGGGCUGCAUAAUAUCCUCGUUAUCGACCUGUUGGGCCCGAGCUUGGAGGAUUUGUUCGAUAUGUGCGGGCGCAAGUUCUCGAUCAAGACGGUGUGCAUGGCUGCGAAGCAGAUGCUGUUCAGGGUGCAGACUAUCCACGAGAAGAAUCUGAUUUACAGAGACAUCAAGCCUGAUAAUUUCCUCAUCGGUCGUCCCGGGACGAAAGGCGCGAACAUUAUCCAUGUUGUUGAUUUCGGCAUGGCGAAGCAGUUUAGGGAUCCGAAGACAAAACAGCAUAUUCCGUACAGGGAGCGGAAGAGUCUGAGUGGGACGGCGCGGUAUAUGAGUAUUAAUACCCAUUUGGGACGAGAACAAUCGCGACGAGACGAUUUAGAGGCGCUGGGUCAUGUGUUCAUGUACUUCCUGCGUGGAAGUUUACCGUGGCAGGGUCUUAAAGCCGCGACGAACAAGCAGAAGUAUGAAAAGAUUGGGGAAAAGAAGCAGACGACUCCGAUCAAAGAGCUCUGUGAGGGCUUCCCUGAGGAGUUUGGGAUAUACCUCAAUUAUGUGCGCAAGUUGGGCUUUGAGGAGGCACCGGAUUAUGAUUUCUUGCGAGAGCUAUUUACGAAGGUGUUGAGGAGUAAUGGGGACGCGGAUGAUGGGAUCUUUGACUGGAACUUGCUCAACGGUGCGUCCUAUCUCUUCGCAACCAUCUUUAUGGGAGAGGCUGGGAAGCAUCUGUGGUUCGUGCCUUUCUCCUUUAUUUCAAAUUUUGGAAGAGAAGAGAGAUGA